AUGAUUCAUUCCAUUCGGAUCGACAUGAGAGUCCAACUACAUUGCAUUGCCAGAAUCUGUGUUGUAUAUUUGAAAGAGGUUGACCUCCUUGCUUCUCAUCGUACAAUCCUCUUCCCGACGAGCCCUCCUUCUCCUCGGUCCGCAGAGACAAAAUGUAGGGCUCGUGCCAACAGUUCAUCACGGAAGAAGGGACUCACUGAGCCGGGAUCACUAACUAAUACUAAUCUAAUAGAAAAUACUAAUAUAAUAGAAAAGAACUGUCUUUUCUGUAUACUUUCCCCGGUUCUAUUGCUACCGCGGGCUUUACGCAAUCGAUCGGAUCAUAUAGAUAUCCCUUCAACACAACAUAGGUCAUCGAAAGGAUCUCGGAGACCCACCAAAGCACGAAAGCCAGGAUCUUUCAGAAAAUGGAUUCCUAUUCGAAGAGUGCACAACCGCAUGGAUAAGCUCACACUAACCCGUCAAUUUGGGAUGAUCCAAUUCGGGAUUUUCCUUGGGAGGUAUCGGAAAGGAAUUGAAAUGUAA